ACAAGGCGCACACUUUUAAUCAAUGGACGUGAGACUUACGAGCAGGAGUAGUCACAUCACCGAUGGGUACCGAGCACCUAAGUGAAGUUUCUUAGUCUGCUACUUGUUCGCCCGGGACAACUUCGCUUCAGACGACACCCGCCCGCAGCUCGCAGCAGUCGGGCGCUCGCCUGCACCCGCCACAAUGAGGCCGACACAGUUUCUCCGUAAUUUGUCAAAAAUGCUGGACUUUUAUUCACAAUUUAACCCCUCGCCGCUGUCCAUAAAGCAGUUCAUGGAUUUCGGCUACCAGGCGUGCGAGCGCAAGUCGUUCACCUUCCUGCGCAAGGAGCUGCCCGUUCGGCUGGCCAACAUCAUGAAGGAAAUCGCGCUGCUGCCGGAGAACUUGACCAGGAUGCCGUCCGUCGUCCUGGUGACGGACUGGUACGCGCGGUCCUUCUCCGAGAUCAUCGCCUUCGAGAGGUCCGACAUCAGCCCCACCACGCUCGACAGGUUUUGUGAGACUCUGGUCCGGGUACGCAAUCGUCACUCCGAUGUGGUUCAGACGAUGGCUCAGGGCGUCAUGGAGCUCAAGGAGUCCCACCCUGUGGACCAGCAGACCGACAACAGCAUACAAUACUUUCUUGACAGAUUUUACAUGUCGCGCAUCUCGAUUCGUAUGCUGAUCAACCAACACACACUUUUGUUUGGAUCCGAUGUGAAAGGGUCAGAGAACCCGACGGGUCAUAUAGGAUGCAUUGACCCUCAGUGUGACUUGGUGGGUGUAGUAAAAGACGCCUACGAGAACGCGCGGUUCAUCUGUGACCAGUAUUAUCUUGCCUCUCCUGACCUUAGACUGAAGGAGAUCAAUGAUGUGGAGCAUGGUGCUCCAAUCCGUAUUGUGUAUGUGCCUUCCCACUUGUACCAUAUGCUAUUCGAGCUGUUCAAGAAUGCCAUGAGAGCCGUGAUGGAACACCAUGGGGAUGCAGAAGAGGGACUUCCCCCCAUUGAAGUUGUAGUGUGCCGUGGAAAGGAGGACAUAUGUGUUAAGAUGUCCGACAGGGGAGGUGGUAUUCCUCGCAGCUCAACCGACAUGUUGUUCCACUACAUGUACUCAACUGCUCCUCAGCCACCGAAGUCUGACUCACACACUGUACCUCUAGCAGGUUAUGGAUAUGGGCUACCAAUAUCUCGACUAUAUGCCCGUUAUUUCCAUGGUGACCUCUCACUUAUGUCUUGUGACGGAUUUGGAACUGACGCAAUGAUUUAUAUGAAAGCAUUAUCAAAUGAAGCCAAUGAACUUUUACCAGUCUUCAACAAAGCAUCAAGCAAAUUUUAUCGCACAGUCAUCCCAACAAAUGACUGGAGUCAUGGCUCAUCACUUGGUGUUCGACAUUUAACCACACGAAAUGCAUUCAUGCGCGAAAGGAUGAGUUAACCUAUUUCUUUUAUUCUACUGAAAUUGUUGUUGACACCAGUACUCGACAAUGGACUAUACAGCUGUCUGUCCAACAGCAUUUAGAACUAAACUGUAUCUAUUAGAGAAAAAAUAACUGAAUUUAUCAUAUCUGCUCUUGACCUGCCUGCUGUUGGCUAGAACCAUAUCUGUUUCGUCAUUUGCUCAAUAGGGCCAAACCCCAGAACAGAAGCACCACCCACAGAUCCAGACAUGCAUUUUUAAGUGACCAAUUUCUCUUUUCUGUCAGUUCAGUAUGAUUUUGUAUGUUUAGACAAGCUGACUAUGUUAUUGUCGGGUUUGUGUGUCUCACCUAAGCCUCUGUGAUAAAUCUGUUCAAAUGCAUUGUUGAUGUAUUUUGUUUGAAGGUUAUUGUGUUAUUUUAAUGUAAUGAUUGUAAGGAUAAAUGUAAUUGAUAGAAGGGUUGGGCAUCCCCUUUAAUUUUAUAGUUGUUGACUUUGAAUGGAAGAGCAUAUCUCAUUUUAUUUUCCUGUUGGAGAAUUGAGUUACAGUCGUUGGAAAUGAAAUUUGGAUCAAGAAUCCAAAAUAUGAAUAGAAAAAUAGUAUCAUGUGACUUUUUUAUGUGAAGGCUGUGCCAAUUAUUGAUGGUUGCUGAGAGUUGAGUAUGCAAAUAUACACUGAAAAUUGUGGUUUAGUAUUUUAACGCCCGGUAUUGUGAGAUCUUCAAAUCUUCCAAACGCACAUCCUUUCAAUAAAAUUAUUCAGACAUCUUUUUAAACAGUUUAUGCUUUGUUUUCAUGAAUAAUCCAAAAUGCAAGAUAUUAACAGGUGUAAACAACUGUAUAUGGUUGUUGUGCUUUUUUAUUUCUGUACAUUGUUGAACAAUAUCCCUCUACAAAAUGAAUACUGUACUCAUUAGUGCUAAUAUGCUUAUGCUUGUGUGAUGUCUUAUAAGUAAGUUGACUUGAAGUUUAGUUUGCUCAUGUGCAAAUAGCACAUUAAGAAUUUCCAUUUUUGGUUUUCUAGUCCUUUUAUUUAAUUAUCUGGCCAUUAUUGACAAAACUUGGGUUUAGUGAAGUGUCUGAGGGACUAUGUGUUGCAAUCUUAGAGGAGUGAAUUUAUUUCCAAGAGAUACCAUGUCCAAAAUUUUGAGGGAAAGCUUUUCAAGCUGAUUCAUGGGAAUUGUAUCCAAACAGAGCAGUAAUGAUAUUUUUAUAGGAAUAGCAAUAUUUAUGGUCGUCAAGUUAUGUAUCAUAAUACUAUUUUAUGUAUGAAAACAACCUUUUUCUCAACUUAAAAUAGUGAUGCUUAGUGAUUGAAAUUUUCUUGUUUGGCAAUAUGCUUCAGAAAUUAUACUUGUUACAUUGUAUCUCGGCUAUCAAAGACUCUGAAGUAUUUUAAACAAGUAGAUAAUUACCAUAUGUUAAAAUUGCAAUCUCUAAAUAUCUUCUUUGAAUUUUAUUCUCAGCAUCGUGAAUCUCAUUCUGUGCUCUGUAUUAAUUGUCUAAUUCCUCCAAGACUUAACUUUUGGGACAACAACAUGACAAAAACUGCAGAUUUUUUUGAAGUCCCACUUCUGACAUGAAUGUACAAUAAACUAUAUUUUAGUAAUGUGAA